GGGGGGAAAUAUUGGAGGAAAGAAGAUUUCUGGCUUUCACUAUUGAUCACUUUCUUCUUUCUUGACCAGGAAAAUGAGGACUCUGUGGAGCCACCUCUUGGAUUCAGCAAGGAAACCAAUAAUAUAAGAAGGAGAAAUCCUCUCAAGGUGAUGAUCUUACUGAAUUAUUGGCAUAACUUACAGAUAAAAAUGAAAUAAGAGUCAAGGAUCUGUCUUGCAAUUCAACACCCACAUCACUGUUGACAUGAAGGGGAAAGCAUCUAAAUGCCUGGAGUGUGGAAAGAACUUCACUCGGAGGAAUAACCUGCAGCAACAUCAAAGGAUUCACACUGGGGAGAAACCCUACACAUGCCUAGAAUGUGGACAGAGCUUCUCCUGUAGUUCAAGUCUACGUUCACAUCAAAGGACUCACCUUGGGGAGAAACCCUAUACGUGCCUUACAUGUGGACAGAGCUUCACUUGGAGUUCAAGUCUAUAUAGACAUCAAAGGACUCACACUGGUGAGAAACCCUAUAUGUGCCUGGAAUGUGGGGAAAGAUUCACUGAGAGUGCAAAUCUACGUUCGCAUCAACGGACUCACACUGGGGAUAAACCCUAUAUAUGCCUGGAAUGUGGACAGAGCUUCACUAAUCAUUCGAGUCUACGUUCGCACCAAAGGGCCCACACUGGGGAGAAACCCUAUACAUGCCUGGAGUGUGGAAAGAGCUUCAGUCAGAGUGCACAUCUACGUUCACAUCACAGGACCCACACUGGAGAGAAACCCUAUACAUGUGUGGCAUGUGGAAAAAGCUUCACUCAGAGUUCAGGUCUACGUAUACAUCAAAGGACCCACACCAAGGAGAAACCUUAUCAAUGCCUGGAAUGUGGAAAGUGCUUUACUAAGAGUGGAAAUCUGCAUACACAUCAAAGAAUUCACACUGGGGAGAAACCCUAUGCCUGCCUGGAGUGUGGAAAGAGCUUCAUUCAGAAUUCAAGUCUACGUUUACAUCAAAGGACUCAUACUGGAGAGAAACCCUAUACAUGCCUGGAGUGUGGAAAGAGCUUUACUAAGAGUGCAAAUCUACACACACAUCAAAGGACUCACACUGGGGAGAAACCCUAUACCUGUCUAGAAUGUGGACAGAACUUCCCUUGUAGUUCAAAUUUACAUUCACAUCAAAGGACUCACACUGGGGAGAAACCCUAUACAUGCCUGAAGUGUGGAAAGACCUUUACUAAAAGUACAAAUCUACAUACACAUCAAAGGAUUCACAUUGGGGACAAACCCUAUACCUGCCUGGACUGUGGAAAGUGCUUCGCUCAGAAUACAGGUUUACGUUCACAUCAAUGGACACACACUGGGGAGAAACCCUAUACAUGCCUGGAGUGUGGACAGAGCUACACUACGAGUGCAAAUCUACGUUCACAUCAAUGGACCCACACUGGGGAGAAACCCUAUACAUGCCUGGAGUGUGGAAAGAGCUUUACUAAGAGCGGAAAUCUACAUUUGCAUCAAAGGACCCACACUGGGGAGAAACCCUAUACAUGCCUGGAAUGUGGACAGAGCUACACUACAAAUGCAAAUCUACGUUCACAUCAAAGGACCCACACUGGGGAGAAACCCUAUACAUGCCUGGAAUGUGGAGAGAACUUCACUCAGAGUGCAAAUCUGCGUUUGCAUCAAAGGACCCACACUGGGGAGAAACCCUAUACAUGCCUGGAGUGUGGAAAGAAGUUCACUCAGAGUGCAAAUCUGCGUAUACAUCAAAGGACCCACACUGGGGAGAAACCCUAUACAUGCCUGGAGUGUGGAAAGAGCUUCAGUCGAAAUGGAAAUCUUCAUAGACAUCAAAGGACUCACACUGGGCAGAAACUCUAGCAAUGCCUGGAGUGUGGACAGAGCUUCAUUGAGAGUAGAAAUCUAUGUUCACAUCAAAGGACUCCCUGGGGAGAAACCCUAUACAUGCAUAGAGUGUGAAAGAGCUUCUCUGAGAGUUCAAAUCUACAUAGACAUAGAAUUCACAUUUGAGAGAACUGUGGUAUUUGACUCCAGAGAGACUCUCUAAGACAAAGCUUUCC